GACACUACUUUUGGUAAUGGAGAUAAUCUCACAGAACUUCCUGCCUCAGUGUUCUGUGGUCACUUGGAGUAGUAAACCCGCCAAUAACAGAUUGGUCCCAAAUAGAUCAAACAUCUUAUCAUCUGGUGGUGUUAUCAGGAAGUGCAAACUUGUGAUUCGAAAUGGAACUGUAGAUGGUUAUGUAGUUGAUGAGAAUGAUGAGAAUGAUGACUUAGGUAGUACUAUAGCAAUAAGAGGAGAAUCAAGGUCAAAGGUUCUGAUUCCUGGUUUGCCUGACGAGUCUGCUUCUGCUCAAAUCACUACUUCUCACUGCGAGUGGAAGCCUAACCUCACAGUACAUUAUGAAAAAUCUGGUUGUGGCAACGUGGAGGCUCCUGCAGUGUUGUUUCUUCCUGGCUUUGGUGUUGGUUCAUUUCACUACGAGAAGCAGCUUACGGAUUUGGGAAGGGACUAUAGAGUAUGGGCUAUUGAUUUUGUUGGCCAAGGCUUAUCUCUCCCCACUCAAGACCCUACUACUACUACCAUGUCUGGAGAAACAGAUGCUUUGCUAAAUAGUGAGCCGUUUUGGGGAUUUGGUGAUGAAGCUGAACCAUGGGCUGAUCAACUCGUUUACUCGUUGGAUCUUUGGAGGGAUCAAGUUCAAUAUAUUGUACAAGAGGUGACAAUUAUACUUUUGCUCUUCACUUGUUUUGUUUUCUCUUUGUUAAGUGUAUUUAUUGUACAGGUUAUUGGUGAGCCAGUGUACAUUGCAGGGAACUCACUUGGAGGAUACGUAGCUCUCUACUUUGCAGCAAGCCAUCCUCAUCUGGUGAAAGGUGUUACGUUGCUUAAUGCAACACCUUUCUGGGGUUUCUUCCCUAAUCGUAUAAGAUCCCCGCUGCUAGCACGUCUCUUUCCAUGGUCUGGAACAUUCCCUCUUCCGUCAAGAGUGAAAAAACUAACAAAUUUGGUGUGGCAGAAGAUAAGUGAUCCUGAAAGCAUAGCUGAGAUACUUAAACAAGUCUACAAAGACCAUUCCACGGAUGUGGAUAAAGUAUUCACACGUAUUGUGGAGAUCACGCAGCAUCCUGCUGCUGCUUCGUCCUUUGCUUCAAUCAUGUUUGCUCCUGGUGGACAGCUAUCUUUUUCUAAUGCUUUAAAACAGUGUAAGGAAAACAGUGUUCCUAUAUGUUUAAUGUAUGGAAAAGAAGAUCCAUGGGUGGGACCUAUAUGGGGAAAGAAGAUAAAGAAGGAAAUCCCCAACGCUCCUUACUACGAGAUCAGUCCAGCUGGUCACUGCCCACACGAUGAAGUCCCUGAGGUGGUGAACUAUCUGAUGCGUGGGUGGAUAAAACACCUGGAGUCUGGUGGUUUUGAAACGCUGCCGCUUAUGGAAGAUGGUGAAGAAGAAGAUUGGGAGGAGUCCAGCAUUGUUGCUCGGGAAAUAGAGUUUCCGAGAGGAGAAGAUGGUUGGAAGAAAUCAGUGAAACUGUGUUUGAACGGUUCAAAGUAUACUUUCUGGCGUGGAGUUGGAGAAGCCUUUAGAGCCAGUUUAGUAAAGGUUUUAAGAGGGAAGUCUGCAUAGAUAGUAGCAUGCAACAGUCAUGGUCGUUGUCUAAUGUUAGAUAUAGUUGUAAUCUAUGAUAUGCUAUAAUGUUGUUAGAUGAUUACAUUAAGAUCAUAUAUUGGUAAGAGCAGUACAAGAUGUCACCACCACAAGCUCUCGAGAUCUCGCUCUAUCUAUCAUACGUGUAAUGAAGCUUCCUCUACUCCUCCAUUACAUAGAGCAUCAAAGCCAC